UUAUGUGGAGUAAUUUAGCGUUAUAAGCAGUUAUCUGGUGUUAUCUAAAGUUAUCUAGAGUCAUAUAGAGUUAUUUAGAGUUAUCUGACGUUAUCUGGAGUUAAAUUAAUCUGUAGUUAUCAGAAAUUAUCCAGAUUUGUCUGGAGUGAGGGGCAGUUCUCUGGAGUUAUAGUUAGUCAGAAGGUAACUGUGAUCAGUUCAGGCUUCAGGAUGGAGUAAAGUGCUGUGGUUCAACACAACUUCACUAUUAUACACUAGCGCCUCGUUUACAGCAGAUUUAUGUGAAAAUCAGCUCUUCAUAAAGUGUCUCUGAUUUUUAAAUAACCAAACAAUAACUUGGCAAGGCUGCUUCUCUGACUGACCAGUGCUUUUCUUGCUGGAUCUGUUAGUUCAGUUUAGGUGGAUCCUGUUCAUGGAUUGGUAGGUUUGUAGAAACAGUUUUAGUAGAAUAACUUUUUCAGAUUUUGUUUUUUGUAUGAUGGAUUGUGGAACAGAGCUGCUUGGGAUGUGUUUUUAUAAUCUAACCCUGCUUUAAACUUCUUCUCCACAUCUUUAUCUCUGACCUGUCUGCUGAGUUUAUCACACUGCUGUUGGAUGGGCCUCCAGUGGUGCUUCAGCCAGGGUGGAAUCUGGUAGCUGAGUCGUACCCGGAGCACCAUGGGCACGGCCUCCUCUCUGGUGAGCCCCGGGGAUGUGAUUGAGGAUGGGUACGGUGCAGGGGGCGGUGAGGCGUGCGAGAUCCCGGUGGAGGUGAAGCCUAAGGCCCGACUCCUGCGCAGCUCGUUCCGGCGCGGCCCGCGGGGCAUCGGCGCCAGCUUCAAGUCCACGGGCUCCGUGGAGCUGGAGUACGCCGCCGAGUACGACCGACUGCGCAAGGACUACGAGAUUUUCCGCGUGAGCAAGAACAACGAGAUCGCCUCCAUGCAGAAGAAGGAGGCCAAGCUGGACGAGGAGAACAAGAGGCUUCGAGCUGAGCUACAGGCUUUGCAAAAAACUUAUCAGAAGAUUCUGAGGGAGAAGGAGAGCGCUCUGGAGGCAAAGUACCAGGCCAUGGAGAGAGCAGCCACGUUCGAACAUGAUCGAGACAAAGUAAAACGCCAAUUUAAGAUCUUCCGUGAGACCAAGGAGAAGGAGAUUCAGGAUCUGUUACGGGCUAAACGUGAUCUGGAGUCUAAACUGCAGCAGCUGCAGGCUCAGGGUAUUCAGCUGUAUGAUCCGGCUGACUCCGACUCCGAUGACAACCGUACGAGCAUCACAACUGCAGGGACUCAGUGUGAGUACUGGAGUGGGGGAGUGUUGGGUAGUGAGCCCUCUAUGGGCAGUAUGAUGCAGCUGCAGCAGGCUCACAGAGGACCGGAGUUUGCUCACAGUCUCAUAGACGUGGAGGGGCCUUUCGCUAAUGUUAGUAGAGAUGACUGGGAUGCAGCUGUGGCCAGUCUGCUGCAGGUCUCUCCUCAUGUCUCUCAGGCUUUAUGGAGCAACACAGUCCGCUGUUACCUCAUCUACACCCAGGAGACCAGAGCAGAAGUUCAGGCCUUUAUACAGACUCAUUCCCCCGGGUUAAAGAGGUUUUGUGAGGGUUUGGGUCAUUUCUACCUGAACGUGUGUUUUCCUGAGGAGAAAGCUGCUCUGUAUCCUGAUGAGCGUAAGCUGGAGAUCGAGAGGAGCUCUGUGUGUGUGCUGCUGCUCAAAUCCUCAGUGUCCAGCUGUGUGGUGGAAGAUGUUGAGGAGGCGUUUGUGAAGUGUCCAGACUCUCGUCCUCUACUGCUGUACUUAAAGACCGGAGAGAAGAAAGCGGAGGGUGAGGGAGCGUCCGGACUCAGCCCGGCCACCAGAGAGCUGCUGGAGAGAGUCAACACUGCCGACAAGACUGCUAAAGUUAAGGUCGUGGAUCAUGCAGGCUCUGCUGAGGAUGGAGCAGCGCUUAUUUACGCUCAGUUAGAGAAGAUUAUUAAACAGGAGUUGCUGGGAUUGGAGCUGGAGGACAGUGGAGUGGUGGAGGAGAGAGAAGAAGCAGAUUCUGGAGAUGUUCUCUGGGAUCUGCAUGAUGAACAGGAGCAGACUGAGGCCUACCAGCAGAUCUGCAGCGUUGCAGCCAGCCUCAACUUCCAGAAGUAUAUUGAUAGACUGAAUGACAUGGUUGCGGCUCCUCCUCCCACUCCUCCUCUGCUGGUGUCCGGAGGUCCAGGAUCAGGAAAAUCUCUGCUGCUUGCUAAAUGGAUUGAACUGCAGCAGAAACACUCCCCCAACACCCUGAUCCUCUAUCACUUUGUGGGCCGGCCUCUCUCCACCAGCGCAGAGCCCGUGCUCAUCAUUAAACGCCUCACUGUGAAGCUCUUGCAGCAUUUCUGGUCUAUCUCUGGUCUGUCUAUGGACCCGUGUAAAAUCCUGGAGGAGUUCCCGCGCUGGCUGGAGAGGCUGUCCGCUCGCCACCACGGAAAUAUCGUCAUUGUUAUUGACUCCAUCGACCAAAUACAGAAUGCAGAGCGUCAUAUGAAGUGGCUGAUUGAUCCUCUUCCUGCUAACGUCAGGGUGCUGGUGUCCGUUAACGUGGAGACGUGUCCUCAGGCCUGGAGACUGUGGCCCACGCUGCACUUAGACCCUCUCAACCCCAGAGAAGUGAAGAGUGUCAUUAACACAGUGUGUGUGAGCACCGACACCAAACUCACUAAAGACCAGGAGAAGAAGUUGGAAAAGCACUGUCGUUCAGCUUCUACCUGUAACGCUCUUUACGUCUCUCUGCUCGCCAGAAUCCUCACACACUCUAAAUCCUCCUCGUCGUUGGAGAGGACGCUGAAUCAGUGCGUCUCGUAUCAGGAUACAGUGGCGCUGUACAGACUCUGCCUGAAGGUGGCGCUAGACACACUGAACACCGACAGAGAGAGAAACGUUAUGAAAGAGUUAUUGUGUUUGAUUAGUGGAAGUCAUAAUGGCGUCAGUGAGACGGAGGUGUUGGAGAUGUUUCCGGAGCUGAGUUUUCCGGCUCUCUCCUCUCUGCUCUACAGUCUGAACAGACUCCUGAUCCUCACCUUCGGCUGUGGACUCGUCCGCUUCCAGCAUCUGCAGGCGUGUGAGGCUGUGAUGCAGGAGUUUCUGGAUGGAGGGAGGAGCUGUGCUUCAUACAGAGAGAAACUCAUUCGUUAUUUCAGCCAGCAGCUCAGUGAGAACAGAGUGACGUGGAGAGUUGCGGAUGAGCUUCCCUGGCUGCUGCAGCAGCAGGAGGACCGGAGUAAAUUACAGCUCAGUCUGCUCAACCUGUUCGUGUCUCAGAAUCUGUACAAGAGGGGUCAUUUCUCGGUGCUCCUGACGUACUGGCAGUUCGUAGGUAAGGAUAAAGUCUCGAUGGCUGCAGAAUAUUUUGAAGCUCUGAAGCAGUUUGAGCAGAGCUGUGAGAGCGAGGAGAGCAUGAGUAAACUCGCCAACCUGUACGAGACACUCGGACGAUUCCUGAAGGACCUGGGGCUGCUGAGUCAGGCGGUGGCUCCUCUGCAGCGCUCUCUGGAGAUCCGUGAGACGGCUCUGGAUCCGGAUCACCCCAGCGUGGCUCAGUCUCUGCAUCAGCUGGCCGGGGUUUACGUUCACUGGAGGAAGUUCGGAAACGCGGAGCAGCUUUAUAAACAGGCUCUGGAGAUCAGCGAGAACGCGUACGGAGCUGAGCACUGCAGCGUCGCGCGAGAGCUCGACUCACUCUCGCUUCUCUACCAGAAACAAAACAAGUAUGAGCAGGCCGAGAAGCUCCGGAAGAGAUCCGUCAAAAUCAGACAGAAAAUGGCUCGGCAGAAAGGCCACAUGUACGGCUUCACUCUGCUGCGUCGGAGAGCGCUGCAGUUGGAGGAAUUGACUCUUGGCAGAGACUCGGCCGACUGCGCCAAAACCCUGAAUGAGCUGGGAGUUCUGUACUACCUCCAGAACAACCUAGAUGCAGCGAAGGUGUUUCUGACUCGUUCUCUGGAGAUGAGGCAGCGAGUUCUGGGAGCAGAUCAUCCGGACUGUGCUCAGUCUCUGAAUAAUCUGGCCGCUCUGCACUGCGAGAGGAGGGAUUACGAGAGCGCCGAGCUGCUGUACGAGAGAGCGCUGGACAUCCGCAAACGAGCUCUCGCGCCCGACCACCCGUCUCUCGCCUACACCCUCAAACACCUCGCCAUGCUCUACAAACGCAGGGGGAAGUUGGAGAAGGCAGUGCCUCUGUAUGAGCUGGCUCUAGAGAUCAGAGAGAAGAGCUUUGGGCCCAAACAUCCCAGUGUGGCUACAGCGCUGGUUAACCUAGCGGUGCUCUACUGCCAACUGAAGAAGCACAGUGAGGCGUUGCCGUUGUACGAGCGAGCUCUGAAAGUGUACGAGGACAGUCUGGGCCGACUGCACCCUCGCGUGGGAGAGACGCUCAAAAACCUGGCAGUUCUCAGUUAUGAGGAGGGGGAUUUUGAGAAGGCCGCUGAGCUGUAUAAACGAGCCAUGGAGAUAAAGGAGGCGGAGCCAUCACUGGUUUGUGGGAAAGCCCCUUCUCGUCAUUCGUCCAGCGGCGACACCUUCAGCCUGAGAAGCCCCGCCCCUUUACCUCACACACCAAGGUGACCUCCAAUCGAUUCAAGCCGACCGGGAACGACUGUGUUACCCCAACCAGUGUGUUUACACACAAUUUGAUUAAGUAUAUAACCAGAUUUUGUCAGUCAGAUUUGUUUAGGGUUAUAUAUAGCUCACAUGUAUCAGUACAUGCCUUUUGCUUUGCGUUUCAAGCCGCACAUGGUGUACUUUUCCCGUUGGAUUUUUUGGACAGUUGAAAGCAAGAAUAACUUUAGAAUAAACAGGAAAAAAUAAAAGAUUUAUGAUCUAAAAAAUACAUUCAUCACAUAAAUGGAGGCAGUGUUAUAUCAUGGGCAUGUAAAGCUGCUAAUGGAAUUCGAACACUUUUGUAGAAAGACAGCCAAAAAAUAAUAUUUUUAUAUUGCCAAGUCAAUCACUAGACCCCAACCCAACUGAAGAUAGCUUCACAAACAGCUGACUGAAGACAAAACUGAUGUCAGAAAGACUUAAAAACACGCAGCAUCUAAACGUUUACAACAAUUUAAUGGCCAUCAGAUUGUCAACAUAUUUAUCGUCAUCAUCAUUUAUAUGCAGGUACUUUAUAUUACUUUAUGUUUACAUGAACAUAUGUUGGGAUUUUUGGGGUGUUAAUUUUUGAGUGUUUUUUAUUUAGUUUUGUUCCAUUGUAUCUAACAGGUGCCUUUAAUUACUCUACUUUUAAUUACUUUUAAUUAAGCUUUAAAAUCAUUGUCUUUAUUGACUUGGGAAUAACUCAAUUACUGACAUUUAACAAGAAGAUCAAAAGUGUGUUUGGUGUGAAAUGUCCAAUAUCCAAAAUACCAGUAAACCUCUACAUGUCUUGAUUCAUGAAAUUAUAAUAUAAUUUCACAGCAAAGCUCUAAAUUACUUACUUUACAUUUUGAUGAUUUAAUGAUGCAGAAAAUAGAUGGAGUUUUAUUGCCUUAAUACAUGUAUUAUUAUUAUUAUUAUUAUUAUUGUCAUCGUAAAAUAGUUUAAAAAAAAAGGAUAUGCAAUAAUAAAGUGUUUAUGCCAAGGAUCCAUUGUUUUUUUUUUUUCUUAAAAAAAAAAAAAAAAAAAAACUAGAACUAAUGCUGUUUUUAAGGGAGUUUAUUUGUUUUUUAUUUGUUUUUUAGCAGAGCAAUGCUUAAGAUUCUAAAAGUUUAACUGCUGCCACCAAGUAUUAUUGUAUCCAGCAGGAAAACCCUGACCCUGCAGCUUUAAUUUCACAUUUCUUUUAGAUGUUUUUGUGUAGAAACAAGCACGUUUACACCUUGUGUUAGGAUCGUACCUAAAUAUAUGAACAUAUACCUCUUACUAUUCUAACAUGCUUUUAUAAUCGUCUACUAUUGUACAGCACACUUUAUAAUUUUAAUACAUAAAUACUUAAAACAUUUGCAGAAACAGUAUUAUAGUGUGGAUUUGUUUCUGUUAUUAAUAAUACACACUGCCUUCCACAUAUAUUGCAUAAUCAAGAUUUUUUUUAAUAUGCAGUGUCUUACUGUGAAAUGUGUGUAGCCACUCAGAAGCACAGUUUUUUUGUAGUGUGGCCGUAUGUGUCGUGUUGUGUACUAUAAUGUAUUUGUUAUAUCUGCAGUUUUUUGCACAACAGUCUAUCUAUUCACAUGUACAGUGUAACAUGAUGUUUGUACUAUAUUUACAUAUUUCAUCAUGUAAAUAUAAUAAAAAUGCAGGUUCUGUA